GUGUGUGUCCGUACUGAAAGUUUUUAACAGUUAUUUCAAAGCCUCGACCGUUUAGCGGUAACUUCAAAUGUGAUUAUAAAUAAACGGUGAGUUCUGUGAAAGAAACAGCUUAUUUUAAGUGAGUGCUCCUUGUGCUACUUAUAGUGUAGAAGGUAUGCGGGCUCAAAAGAUACCCGCUGCCUUGCUACUGUUGCUCAUCGCAAUAGAUUCCCUACACGCCAACAGAAGGAAGCAAAAGGAAAAAAUAGUUCAAACAGCAAUCAAUAUUUGCGAUAUAAGCGACAGAGAUUCCAAAGUGCAUUGCUACUGUGAAAAUAGUCAAGAUAUAAACGAAGCUAUUAAAACAGAAUGCUGGGUGUUCAAUGGAGGCAUAGAUAGAGCGGACCCUUUGUGGUCAAGCUUCACUUCACAAAUGAACAUAGAAACGCUCGCAUUCAACGUACGUGCCGAUGGGGGACUGAGUUUCGUACCCACGAGAGUGCUAAGAUAUCUGCGAAAAUUGACACAAUUUAGUAUAAAGUACAGCUCGAUACCCAAGAUUGAGUCUUAUACAUUCGUGAACGUCACGUCAGUCCGCGAAAUGACAUUGACCAAAAACCAAAUAGUUGUUCUGAGCAAACAUGCAUUUUUCAACCUGCCCAAUCUUACAGUACUCACGUUAGAUGAGAACAAAAUCAAGAAAAUCGAAACGGAAACCUUCUAUGAGUUGCCAGCGCUACAGAAACUUUUCUUAACUAGUAAUAAUAUAAGCGUUAUAGAAGACGGUGCAUUCAGACACCUUGUAAAUUUACUAGAGUUAGAAAUCGACAAGAAUAACAUAAGUGAAUUAAAAAAAGAAUGUUUCGAUGGACUUGCUAAUUUAAAGAGAUUAGAUUUAAGGAAAAAUAAGAUAGCUAUUUUAAAUUCCUUUACAUUUAUUGAGCUAUGGAACCUCCAAGAACUAUUAUUAGAUUAUAAUGAAAUUUAUAUACUGGCCCAAAGAACAUUCGAUGGUCUUUCACAGUUAAAGAAAUUGAGCUUAAGUCAUAACAGAUUGGUAACUUUAGUUGAUGGAUUGUUCGAAGGAGUUCGAGGUUUGUCAGCUUUGGAUUUAAGACAUAAUAAAUUAAAGAGAUUCACAUUUGAAAACCUACGCCCAAUUUACGACAACUUAAAACUUCAGAAAAGCUACAUCUUUCUAGAAGGAAACGACUUCGAUUGUGACUGCCAUUUGGCUUGGAUGCACAAACUACGCCAUGAGACGAAGAGUAGCAAAGUUAGGACGUCCUUUGAGAAUUUCGUUUGUAAAUUCAACUCAGAUCUCUCACCAAAUUCACACUUUACGUAUUAUGAAAGGAUCGAUACGAAAAAUAAUAUAGACAGCGAUAAAAUAAGAGAUGAUGCAGACAACACAGAUGAAUUUCACGACGAAAUCGAUGAGAGCUAUUUGGAUGAACCAAAGAGAGUGAGAGGUGAUAACGAAAGAACGUUAUUACAAAUUCCCGUGGAGUUAUUGCCUUGUCCCGCCGAGGUUAAGAGCGUCACCGACAGAACCUACACUUACCCAUCUCAAAACGAGGCGAAGGAUUAUAGGAAUCUCAUAACAACAUCGUCUAUUUCGCCGGUCGGCAUAAAUAUUUCAGUUUUCCUCCUAUCAUUACUUUUAUUGUUAGGGUAAGGAUAAGUAAUAAUAAAUAUUUUGCGAUAUUUGUUACGCUUUUACGUCCCGAUUGAGUUUUAGGGACACAUUUGAUUUUAUUUCGGCCUUAUGAGUUUGCUCUUAUAUAUUAUUUGAUCUUAUGAAAGUAAAUUGGAUUCCGCAGUGCAUACAGCCGAUUUAAUUCCUGGAUUCAAUUACUUUUACCGUCUGAAUGCCAAGCUUUGUAUAAAUUAGCUGUCAUUUGCGUUAACCGCAUUAUUAUUGAAGAGAUUGUAUAAAUGAGAUAUUUGCUGUUCUGCUAUUAUGCAUUUUCUAUUCAAUUGAAACCACAAUGUACAUAUUCAAAAUCACAUUCACGGUCUGUUGAAUAAACAUUAUGUAUAAUAUCUACUGUACAGAUAAUUUAAGGGAUUUUGUAAAGAAAUGUGAUAUAAUUGUAAGAAUAUUUUUCAUUGUUUAAAAUUUAUGUUAUGUUUGCGUUGAAUAUGUUCAUUUCCAUGAAUUUUAUCACGAUCUCGUUGUAAACGUAUUUUAAAAGUCUUGUAAAUAUUUGUUUUUAUUGUACAAACAUUAAAUUAACUUAUAAUGUAAAUACAUAACUGUAAAAUUAUAUUCAAAGAGAUCAUCUGUAUGCCAAACUUAUUG